AUUUUGUUUUAUUUCAUUUUAUUUUGUAACUUCAAAGUUGUUGAUUCUUCUUUAUAUCGCGGGACUGGAUUCAUGCAGGAAGCGAGCUCGAUCAGAACUUUUUCAAUCAACAAGUGCCCAGAAGUAGACCCCUGGUUCCAGCUUGGAGCCUGAUCCCAGCCGCUUCGAGGUGUUCAGUUUGUACCCACAAGGGACCGCACUGAAAUCAGUGACAUCGCUGGCACCGCUUCGAUCAAGCUCCGGUGCCCCGGGACAACUUUAAAGGCAUCUGACUGGCUCGGUGCUGCUCGGUUCUUCAGGUCUGAAGGUGUUCCUGUUGCUGGGAGGACUCCAGACCUGCCUGUCUCUCUGCAGCCUCACCCUCACUGUUAAUUCUCUCCUGGCCAAUCAGAAAAUUGCUCCUCGCGUUGCUAGGCAGAUGUGCGCGCCGGCAGCCAAUAGGAGUCCCUGUUGGGGGAGCGGGCGCUGAGUUGAGACACACCGACUGACAGCGUCUGAGUCCCGGACUCCCAGGCAGGAUUUACACGGAGGGUCCGUGGGAACAGCCUGCGAACAGAACAAGAUGCCGAACAAAAGCAAGAAGGAGAAGCAGCAGCAGAGCGGCAGCAAGCGGCCCAGUAACAGCACGCCCCCCCCCACACAGCUCAACAAGAUCAAGUACUCUGCAGGGCCUCAGCUGGUGAAGAAGGAGCGCCGGCACAGCUCGUCACGCUUCAGCCUGACCAAGAACAGGGAGCUGCAGAAACUUCCUGCCCUCAAAGAUGCCCCGACCCUGGAACGAGAGGAGCUCUUCGUGCAGAAGCUGCGUCAGUGCUGCGUUCUGUUCGACUUCAUUAGCGACCCCCUCAGUGACCUCAAGUACAAGGAGGUUAAGAGGGCGGGGCUUAAUGAGAUGGUGGAGUACAUCACGCACAACAGUGAAGUGGUGACCGAAUCGAUCUACCCUGAGGCCGUCAUCAUGUUUUCUGUCAACGUGUUCCGAACUCUCCCACCAUCCUCCAACCCGACUGGAGCUGAGUUUGACCCCGAGGAGGACGAGCCCACGCUGGAGGCAGCCUGGCCUCACCUUCAGCUGGUGUACGAGUUCUUCCUUCGCUUCCUGGAGUCUCCAGACUUCCAGCCAAACGUUGCUAAGAAGUACAUCGACCAGAAGUUCGUUCUGUUGCUGCUGGAGCUGUUCGACAGUGAGGACCCCAGGGAGAGGGACUUCUUAAAGACCAUCCUCCAUCGCAUCUACGGGAAGUUCCUUGGCCUUCGAGCCUACAUCCGCCGACAGAUCAACAACAUCUUUUACAGGUUUAUUUAUGAGACGGAGCAUCACAACGGCAUUGCUGAGCUGCUGGAGAUCCUGGGCAGCAUCAUUAACGGCUUCGCUCUGCCGCUGAAAGAAGAACACAAGAUGUUUCUGAUCCGGGUUCUACUGCCCCUGCACAAAGUCAAGUCUCUGAGCGUGUACCACCCUCAGCUGGCCUACUGUGUGGUUCAGUUUCUGGAAAAGGACAGCAGCCUGACAGAACCGGUGAUCAUGGGUCUGCUGAAGUUCUGGCCCAAGACUCACAGUCCAAAAGAGGUGAUGUUCCUGAACGAGCUGGAGGAGAUCCUGGACGUCAUCGAGCCGUCAGAGUUCGUCAAAGUUCAGGAGCCACUUUUCAGACAGCUGGCCAAGUGUGUGUCCAGCCCACACUUCCAGGUGGCAGAGAGAGCUCUGUACUACUGGAACAAUGAGUACAUCAUGAGUCUGAUCAGUGACAACGCUGCCAAGAUCCUCCCCAUCAUGUUCCCUGCCCUCUACAAGAACUCCAAGAGUCACUGGAACAAGACCAUCCACGGUCUGAUCUACAACGCUCUGAAGCUCUUUAUGGAGAUGAACCAAAAGCUGUUUGAUGACUGCACGCAGCAGUACAAGGCCGAGAAACAAAAAGAGAAGUACAAGCUGAAGGAACGGGAGGAGAUCUGGCUGAAGAUUGAGGAUCUGGCUCGACAGAACCCACAGAGCAUUAAGCUCCACCCCCAGCGCCCUGGACUCCACCCACAGGAGGAGUACCUGUUGUACAGCGACGGCAGCAUGGCCAUUUACUCCAUGGAGACAGAAACUCCUACAGCUGAGGACAUCCAGCUGCUAAAGAAGACUGUGGAGACUGAAGCCUCACAGGGUCUGAAGGACCUGAAGAAGGACAAAGUACUGAUGAGGAGGAAGUCGGAGCUGCCGCAGGACGUCUACACCAUCAAAGCUCUGGAGGCUCAUAAGAGAGCUGAAGAGUACCUGACAGCCAACCAGGAGGCUCUUUGACCAGCCUGGCUCCGCCCCCUCCUGCCUCUUUCGGGGGGAGAAAGUUGUCUUUGCUGCGGAGAAUCAGACAAGAACGGAGCUGUAGCUGUGUUCAACAAGAAAAAAUAAACUAAAGUCAGCUCCGCCCCCAGGUGGCCACUUGCCAGUAGGACACCAUAGAAGCUCCGUGUGUCUGCAUCCUGUCCAACAUGCUCCACUGUGAUUGGACAUCAGCUUCAUGCUACGCCCCCUCACAUCUCCACCUGCUACAACUGUUUACAGACGUGUGUCCAGUACCUGAACACAUCACCAGCAGCGUUUCCCACUGAUGACCUGAAGCCCCGCCUUCUGAAACAACCAGGCUCCGCCCAGCGGUGACCUACGGAGCUCAGAAUGAGAAAACGCAUGUCAUUGACCUGAUGACAUCAUCACUGUAACAGUUUACCUGCAGCGACAGGUGAUGAGUUGUAGGAACUGCUCUCUAAACCAACUUCUCUGACAUAUUUCUGAUCAGUUUUCACCUGCAGGUGUCUGUUAGCGUGUUCUGUUAGCGUGUUCUGUUAGCGCUCCUCCAACACGUCGUCAGAAACUGUCAGCAGUUUUCAGCUCAGAGGAUAAUCUGUGGAUCAACAGGCAGCGGUGAACGGACAGAUGACUGAAUGUAGACAUUUUAUCAGAAGCAUGAGGGGGUGUGGCCUACCUGCGCUCUGACCUGCACCUGUUUUUACAUCAGGGUUUAAACUGCUGGCAGAGAUGAUUGAGUGAAACCACAAACAUCUGCAGACUUCAACAAAAACCACAACGUCACAGAUUCAGGAAGUUUGACUUCCUGUUUGUUUCCAUCAAUCAACCAAUCAGAGCGUUCGAUGCUUUCUGACAAAUGAAAAUCCUGGAGAGCAACGAAGUCUCAGAAACAUGUGACCCUCAAAACGCUGUCUGAUUGGUCAGUUCCAGAUUGAAAGGUCUGAGGCUGUAUUUAAAAACUAAAUCAAAUCAAAACGGAUCAAUAAAUACUCCAGGAGUUUCUCACCUGAUGAGACAAAAUCAUUUCUGCCAUUUGGUUUUAUUUGUUGCAGUUCUCCUGAGGUGGGCAGGGCUACUUGUCAUGUGACGUAUGCUGAUCUGUAAUCAGGCCACGCCCACUGACACUUUGUUUCUGUUUACUGAGGCCCUUCCAGCUGUGGAGUGGAGGUAUCCAAUAAGCUGUCAGUCAAAACUACUCAACAUUCCAUUGGCUGUGGUGACCCCGCCCCAUUGCUCCUCCUCCAGUGGUGGGUGGAGCUUUGGUCACAUGAUAACACAAGGUGUAUGCUGCUUCCUGUCAUGUACAGAUGUUUAAUCAGAACAAGCAUCACAUGGUAUGAUUUUAUACAGUUCAUGUAUGUACAGAACCAAUAAAACCAGAACUAUC